AUGAGUUCCAGUCGUGAGCAGAUGUCAGUACAAAAAAGGAACAGUGGACACGGUCAGCCUACUCCGGACUCCAGCACUAGCGGUAUAUCUUUUGUUCCUCAAUUCAUGCCGCCGUUCACGCCUGAGUUACUCGGUGCAAUGCAGACCCUACCGAACUUGCAGAUAAGCCUGGGGGAAAUAACGGAAUCUUUAAAGGCAAUUAAAGGCUUAACACAAGAUAUAAGUAAUAUAAGGAAAGAUCUAUGGGAGGAAGAUGGAUUUGAUUUUCGUAUAUGUCAUGUUGCUCAACAACAGGAGGAGAACAUCGACAAUAUUCAGAUGCUUCAGCAGGAAAACAAAAUGUUAAGAGAAGAUGUCAACAUGUUAAAAUCAGUUGUCAUUAAUUUAGACAGAACAGUCAGAAAACAGCGAUCUGAAAUUACAGAUUUAAAGUCAAGCGCAAAGAGAACUAAACAAAAGAGAGCGGAAGCCUCUGACCAGACGGAUCAGACUGCAGAACCAAAGUCACCCGAAAGAACCUUUUACGUCACGCCACAGAGACCAAUAGAAGUCGCGGAAAACCGAAAGAAACUUCAGGAAAUAAAUGAUCAGUACUGGAAAGAGAAAGUGAAGACACGAUUCGUAGGAGACAAGCUAGUAUUUCCUAAUGGAAAUGUGUACAGAGACAAAGUAUUGAAACCAAAGCCAGAAAAUAUACUAGAUAUUACCAAAGCAGAUAAGGAAAAGCUUCAGCAGAUUCCUAUGUCUACCAUUGAUUGCUCAGACGAAGGAAAUACUUUCAAAGCAGCCGCAGCAACAACAGAUACAUACAACCAGGUUAGAAACUUUUACAAAAAAGUUGUUAUAGACCCAUCAUACGCAACGGCAGAACACAAUAUUUUAGUGUAUCGUUUCAAAGAUGGUAAUGGCGCAAUCCACGAGGGUCACAACGAUGACGAUGAAGAGAGUGAGAAGAAUUUGAUAUUAGGUGGUGACUUCAAUAUUACCUUAAAUCCUUCCAUAGACAAACAGGGUGGAAGCACUGAGGAAAUCAAGAUAUAG